AUGGGAGUGAGGUCGGUGGCCCCGAGAUCUCGCGGAAGUGCUGGCGUGCGGAGCAUUGUGGGAUCGCGGCAGCAUGGUGAAGCUGUCGGCGGAGCUGAUCGAGUUGGCGGCGCAGUUCACCAACGCCGUGCGGGACCGGGAACUCGACCUUCGCGGAUAUAAGAUUCCGGUUGUGGAGAAUUUGGGGGCGACUCUUGAUCAGUUCGACUCCAUUGACUUCUCGGACAAUGAAAUACGGAAAUUGGAUGGAUUUCCAUUGCUGCGGAGACUGAAGAGUCUGCUGUUGAACAAUAACCGGAUCUGUCGCAUCGGUGAAGGCCUUGAACAGGCGCUGCCGAACCUGCGGGAAUUGGUCCUCACCAACAACAAUCUGCAGGAACUGGGCGAUCUGGAUACACUUUCAACCAUCAAGUCGCUUGGGUUUCUGAGCCUCCUGAGAAAUCCUGUCACAAGUAAGAAGCAUUACCGCCUCUAUGUGAUCCACAAAGCUCCACAGAUCAGAGUUCUGGAUUUCCAGAAGGUCAAGCUGAAGGAACGUCAGGAAGCGGAUCGGAUGUUUAAAGGCAAACGUGGGGCGCAGCUUGCCAAGGAUAUAACCAAGAAAACCAAGACUUUCACACCAGGUGCAGGAUUGUCAGGGGAGAAGAAGAAAGCAGGUCCUACAGGACCUGAAGUUGAAGCUAUUAAGAAUGCGAUUGCCAAUGCAUCAACCCUGGCUGAGGUGGAGAAGUUGAAAGGAAUGUUGCAGGCUGGGCAAAUCCCAGGCAGAGACAGGAAGACUGGCGCUACAGAUGAAGUUGAGGAAGAAGAUAUGGAGGCGGAUUCUGUAACCAACGGCAACUAAUGCUUCCCUAAUGUGUUUAUGUUAAAGUUCUUUGUUGGAUGGUCUCCGCUUUGGAGAUGAACCUUGAAUUUAGUGAAGUGAUGAGCAUUGUGCUUGUGUGUGGUUUUGUCUAUGGGCAGGCUCUGAUCACCUGGAAACUGCAAUGUCCUGUUAUCACCCAAUGGAAUACUGCUCAGGAACAACUUAUUGUCCAAGUCAGACCUCACUGCAGAAAAUAUUGGUUUGUGUUUUCACUCUAACCAAGUAUCAUUCACUUCAAUUAUCAUGUUCAGGCUGUAUAUGUUUUGCUUGUCAGGAUUUUGAUAAUAAACAUUUUUUGAGGUAA